UCGCUGUUCCGGCAAACGUAUGGAUGUCCUCACCCGCGGCGUUCUUCUCGCGAUUAUCCCCUAACUCCUCGUCUGUCACAGGCAAGAGUCGUACCCUCAUUACAAGCAAUGCAUGCCUCUCGUAUAGAAUAUGAGAAUAUUCUGUCAAGAUGGGUGAUGGAAUGCUGUCCUUGUCAUGGAAUAACCACAAAGCUACAUUCUGCCACAUUCUCUCUACACUCAGAGAAAAGGAGAGAUAUACAGACGUGACCCUGGCAUGUGAAGGAAAAUUCUAUCCUGUUCACAAACUGGUGCUGUCAACAUGUAGUGAAUAUUUUGAGAAUAUGUUUGAACACACACCGUGUAAGCAUCCAAUAAUAGUGUUGAAAGACGUUAAACCAGAUGAGCUAGAAGCUCUUCUUAGUUAUAUGUAUGCAGGUGUUGUGAAUGUUGCACAAAAUGACCUGGCAAGAUUAAUCAAGGCAGCUGAGCUCCUACAGAUUAAAGGUUUAGCUGUGCCAGAUGAACCCCCUCAGGAAGCAGAGAGUAAAAAAACCACUGUACCUCCAUGGAGCUCCCGCGAUGACAGAAGUAGCCCACACCCGAAGAGGAGAAAAAAAGGAGACGAGAAUGGCACACCUUCUAUUGGCGGCUCACAGCCAUCAGCUAGUCCAGCAUCCUCACCCAGAGCAUCCCCUUUUCAUCUCGAAAGUGAUCAUCACCAAGAUAAUUUAAGAACACAUAAUGAACUGUAUAUAUCUGAACAUAGAAUAGAAAAAUCCAUUGAUACUAGACCUGAACAAAGACUCGAAGCGAGAGUUGACCAUAAUGUUGAAACCCGAAUAGACCCCGCUCCUCCUCCUGCACCAGGAUCCCCAGUCCAAGUAAUGGUAGAUGAAACUCUAGUCAAAGAAGAAAUUGUAGAUACUGUGGAUGAUAGUAGAGAUGACGGACUGGAUUCUGGCAUGGACUAUGGAGCGUUAGGUGCUGACUCAAGAGUUGGUGGUUCAAGUGACGGAAUGGGAGCAGACCAUCCAAGUCAGAUGUUACCAAACAAAUUUGAUCAACCAAUGGUGCCAACUCAGCAACACCUUCCUGAUUCAGUUACAGAAGCCCUGGCGGGUCCCUCAGGGAUGCAAGGGUGGUUGACGGGAAGUGAUCUCAGCGGAGGGUUCUCGUCGAUGGAUGGCUACGGGGGGGAGGGUAGUCGACAGGACAUGCGGCCACCCCUCCCCACACAGCAGCCUCAGGGACACCAGCUGGGAGCGCUGGCCAGCCUCGGGAGGAAGACUCGUGGUAGAAGACCCGGGGCUUACGGUAAUUACGUCAAGAAGGAAAGAAGCAGCGUUAGUAUGAAGAAGUGGAGUUGUAAUGUCAAGAAGUUUGAAUGCACCUACUGCAGCUAUUUCACCGUCACCUCCACUAACCUCAUGAACCACAUGCGAACCCACACAGGAGAAAAACCAUAUGCUUGUGCUCACUGCCCAUACCGUUCAACACAAAAGGGUAACCUGAGGACACACAUUAACAAACAUCACCAAAGUGCUUAUCAAGACUCUUCCUUAGGGAUUGAGGCAAGAAGAUCUGUUAGGAAAUCAGUGGCCACAACUACUGCCGUUUAUCUUCCCGCUAUUCCUUUCCCUAAUGCCAUCCCACAGCCCCUGACAGAAAAUGUUUUCAAGGUUCAGACUAACAAUGACAACAGGAAUCUUUCAGUAGCUCACCCUUCUGGUAAAACAGGUGGGGAGAAGAGCUCAACUUCUGGCAAAGAGACGCCUAGAAUUAGGGUUAAAGUUUUCGAUUGUGAAGGUGACUUGGGUAUCACUCAGCCAGAAGUGUCUAAAGGGAGCAAAGCUGGUAAACAGAGUAGCUAUGGUUGUAAGAAAGCAAAUGCAGAAGGUGAAAAGGCUGUUGGACAGAAUUGUGGAAAAGUCCCAGGUAAUGGAGGAAGUGAUGUAUCUGCUGAUGGCCUUCUUUGUCAGAUUGAUAGUUCAGUCAGUGUCACUUGCCACUCUGGAGAUGAUCCUGCAGAAGAUGUAGAUACAAGCAAUUUACCACAAAUCACCAGUGUGAGAAGUGAAGCGGUAAAAUCAAAGCAAAAAUCUGUCAAUUGUGGAACCAUAGUGGCUAGUGUUGUAGAUGAUGCAGCUAAGUGUGGGGAUACAGGAGCUAGUUUAGAGGAUGAGGUAGCCAUUGCAGAAGGUAAGAAUCCGAGUUACAGGGAGGGGUCUCAGGUACAGGGGAAAAUAGGAUCAUGUUCAGAGAAGAAGAUAUCAGAUGAAGGUGAAAAAGAAAGUGAAAUAGAUGAUCCUGUAAGCUGCUUUGCACAGAAAAUGAGUAAACUGGGGUUAAAAGUUAAAAAGAUUUCAAAUGAACCAAACUCUGCUAAAAAGUCAGUAGACCAAAGUGAUUUAAAAGAGAAAGGCAAAUCAACUGAUGAGACAAAAAAAUCCACCAUGAAUAAAGGAACCCAAGAUGAAAAUGAUGCACUAAUAACAGUAACAAGUCAGCCAAAAACUUAGUCCUGAUUCUUAAAUUCAGACUUUUUGGACACUGCAAAAACUUUAGUAAUACCACAAAUUUUAACACAUUAUUUUUAAUAUGUUUGCUGAAAGUGUGAAGGAAGUCAAUUGUAAAACUGUCAACUUCACAUAGAAAUUUGUAGUCAGUGUAAGUUCAUUGUGAAUCUUUAUAAUCAGAAAAUGUGAUAUUUUGAAUGCAGAUUUAAUAGUAAACGUAUAGAUUUUUCUUAAUUGAUAGAUCCCUGUUUAUAAAGAACUGUAGUGAUUCAUCAUUAGUCACUGAUAUUUCAUCAUAAAAUAUUAGAUGAAACAAUAAAAAGAUGGCAUUACUUAAGCACUUUUCCAUAUAAUAGUCUGCUCGUUACACAAGAUGAAAUUAUAAGAAAGCAGAUUCUUCUCUGUUUGAAUAAGUGUUAUUGUUAGUCACUUGUAUAAGCACAUAUGUAAUAGUGCACAUGCACACAUGCGUGUAAGCACACACACACACACUCACUCGCACACGCACACGCACACGCACACGCACAC